AUGUUUUGGGCUGCUUUUUCAGGCUGUGGACGUCGAACUGGCUUAAUUCCACUCUAUCCACUAGUCAAUGAAGAGGGUGAGAUUGUCGGAGGAAUUAAUCGCUGGGUUAUUCUUGAACUAUAUCAAUCAGUUCUUCCAACCUUAAUCAAUGGCAAUGAAAAUGCAGUUUUUAUGCAAGACAAUGCCCCUGUUCAUACGGCAUAUGUUGUUAGAGACUGGCUAAGAGAUCAAGACUUCGAGGUAAUGGUUUGGCCACCUCAUUCUCCUGAUUUAAAUCCUAUUGAGAAUCUUUGGGCGUUAUUAAAAGCCAAAAUCUAUGAGCUACAUGCGGAGCUUCAUACUAUGCUAGACAACGAUGAUACUCUCGAAUAUUUAGUUGCCUGUGCUCAGGAGGCUUGGUCAGAGAUUGAUCUCUCUAUAUUAGAGAAUUUAGCUAUUACUAUGCCACACCGUGUGAAGGAGAUUAUUGAUAAUAAAGGGUGGUAUACUAGCUAUUAG